UCUCGCGCCUCAGCCUCAGAAAGGAUUCUUUAUUCACUAUCGAGUUUACGCAAUCAGUGGACGGAUGAUCUGUGCAAAAUUGAAACUAGAGCGCCUACGUAAAUUACGCAGGGAUUGUUUGGGCAGUCCAGGCCCAGGUGAAUGGAAAUAUCGUGGAGUAAUCUGACAGCGGGAGGAGAUAAUGAAGUCGAGGGUAAACAGACGGAGUUAAAACACGUUUAUCUGCAAAAUAGUUAAACACAGACCUUCCCAUAGAUGGUGGUUGGGCACUUGCGUUGGAGGUUCCUGUUAACUGUGUAUGCUACACGGCCAUUCAAAUGAAUUACAACAAUGGUUUCUCUAUUGCAGCAGAAUGUGAACGCUAAUUAGAUACGCAGCACUAGACUGGUGGCAAAUUCUGAAGAAUGAUGUGCAUUCACUGAGAUGGGAGGUCAUGAAGCCAAAAAUUCACGUAAAUUGGGCAAAUGUUGAAGUCUCUAAAAUUCAAACUUAAGCUUCAUGGGAACAAAAUGAAAUGAGAGAAACACUGGAAGAAUAAAAGCACCUGCUUUGCAAUCCCUAAGCAUGGCAGGACUACAGCUUGUGACACCUGCUUCAUCACCAAUGGGUCCCUUCUUUGGACUCCCUUGGCAACAAGAAGCAAUCCAUGAUAACAUUUAUACACCAAGGAAAUAUCAGGUUGAACUUCUUGAAGCAGCUCUAGAACACAAUACUAUUGUCUGUUUAAAUACUGGCUCAGGGAAGACAUUUAUUGCAGUACUUCUUACAAAAGAGCUGUCUCAUCAAAUCAGGGGUGACUUUGGCAAAAAUGGGAAAAGAACAGUGUUCUUGGUAAAUACAGCAUCAAAUGUUAUUCAGCAGGCAGCAACAGUUGAAACCCAUUCAGAUCUUCUGGUUGGGGAAUAUACCAAUGUUGAAAUGACACACACUUGGACAGAAGAAGAAUGGAACCAUGAAAUAACAGAAAAACAGGUUCUUGUCAUGACUUGCCACAUCUUUUUGCAUGUAUUGAAGAAAGGAUAUUUACACCUAUCUAAAAUCAAUCUGCUUGUGUUUGAUGAAUGUCAUCUUGCAAUAACGGACCAUCCCUAUCGGGAAAUUAUGAAGAUGUGUGAGGACUGCUCAUCCUGUCCUCGAAUACUGGGUCUUACUGCCUCCAUUUUAAAUGGGAAAUGCGACCCCUCGGAGCUAGAGGAGAAGAUUCUGAACCUUGAGAGAAUCUUGAAGAGCAAUGCAGAAACUGCUACGGACCUCGUUGUCUUAGAUAGGUACUCAUCUCAGCCUCGUGAAGUUGUUUUAGAUUGUGGACCAUAUGUGGAUAAAAGCGGGCUUUGCGAAAGACUCUUUAACGAGUUGGAUGAAGCACUUAAUUUUCUGAAUGACUGCAACAUAUCUGCACUUCGUGAAGAUAGAGAUCCAACGUUUAUUUCCAAACAGGUGUUGAGUGACUGCCAAGCAGUGUUGACAGUUCUGGGACCUUGGUGCGCAGACAAAGUAGCUGGAAUAAUGGUGAGGGAACUGCAGAAAUACAUCAAGCACGAGCAGGAGGAGUUGAACCGGAAGUUGUUAUUGUUUACAGACACUAUAUUGAGAAAAAUCCAUGCAUUGUGCGAAGAGCACUUCUCGCCUGCCUCACUUGACCUAAAAUUUGUUACCCCUAAAGUAAUGAAGCUGCUUCAGAUCCUGCACGAGUACAAACCGUAUGAACGGCAGCAGUUUGAGAGUGUGGAGUGGUACAACAACAGAAACCAGGAUAAUUACGUUUCUUGGAGCGAUUCCGAGGACGAGGAUGAGGAUGAAGAAAUUGAAGAAAAAGAAAAACCUGAAGCCAAUUUUCCUUCCCCUUUCACCAACAUAUUGUGUGGGAUUAUUUUUGUUGAGCGACGCUACACUGCAGUGGUCUUAAACAGGCUAAUAAAGGAAGCUGGAAAGCUAGACCCUGAACUUGCUUACAUCAGCAGCAAUUUCAUAACUGGGCACAGUAUUGGGAAGAAUCAACCUCGAAACAAACAGAUGGAGGUGGAGUUCAGAAAGCAAGAAGAGGUGCUUCGGAAGUUUCGCGCUCAUGAGACCAAUUUGCUUAUUGCAACUAGUAUUGUGGAGGAGGGCGUUGAUAUUCCAAAGUGCAAUUUGGUAGUUCGAUUUGAUUUGCCAACAGAAUAUCGUUCUUAUGUUCAGUCUAAAGGUCGAGCAAGAGCCCCUGUUUCGAAUUAUAUCAUGCUGGCUGACACUGAAAGAACCAAAACUUUUGAAGAGGAUCUGAAAACAUACAAAUCUAUAGAAAAGAUCCUUAGGAACAAGUGUUCAAAGGCAACGGAUUACAGUGAAUUAGAAGUUGAGCCUGUUGUGGACGACGACAACAUUUUGCCACCGUAUGUACUGCGAUCUGAAGAUGGAGGCCCACGAGUUACCAUUAACACAGCCAUUGGGCAUGUUAACAGAUACUGUGCACGAUUACCAAGUGAUCCAUUUACCCAUCUUGCGCCAAAGUGUAAAACGAUGGAACUGAGGAAUGGUAGCUACAGGUCCACUCUUUACCUUCCUAUCAAUUCACCUCUCCGAGUUCCUGUGACUGGACCUACUAUGAGUUGUGCAAGGCUAGCUGAGAAAGCUGUGGCCCUUCUUUGCUGUGAAAAAUUACACAAAAUAGGUGAACUUGAUGAUCACUUGAUGCCUGUUGGGAAAGAGACAGUCAAGUAUGAGGAGGAGUUGGACUUGCAUGAUGAGGAAGAAACCAGCGUACCAGGGAGACCGGGCUCUACAAAACGCAGGCAGUGCUAUCCAAAAGCUAUUCCAGAAUGCUUGCGGAACAGUUACCCUGUACCUGAGAAACUGUGCUACCUUUAUGUGAUAGGUAUGGCACUGACCACUCCUCUCCCAGACGAGCUAAACUUUAGGAGAAGGAAACUGUAUCCUCCAGAAGAUACCACCAGAUGCUUUGGGAUACUGACUGCAAAACCAAUACCUCGGAUUCCUCACUUUCCAGUGUACACUCGUUCUGGAGAAGUUACCAUAUCCAUUGAACUGCAGAAAUCUGGCUUCACCUUGAGUGCCCAGCAGCUAGAGCUGAUCACCAGACUUCAUCAGUACAUUUUCUCUCACAUUCUUCGUCUUGAGAAACCUGCACUAGAGUUUAAACCUACAGAGGCAGAUUCAACCUACUGUGUACUACCUCUUAAUGUUGUUGAGGACUCCAAAACUUUGGACUUGGACUUUAAGUUCAUGGAAGAUAUUGAAAAAUCGGAAGCACGUGUAGGCAUUCCUAACACACAGUAUACAAAGGAAAAUCUUUUCAGUUUCAAAUUGGAGGACUACCAGGAUGCAGUUAUCAUUCCACGGUAUCGCAACUUUGACCAGCCUCAUCGCUUCUAUGUAGCAGAUGUCUAUACAGAUCUUACACCACUUGGUAAAUUCCCAUCUCCAGAAUAUGAAACCUUUGCUGAGUACUAUAAAACAAAGUAUAACCUUGAUCUGUCAAACCUCAACCAGCCGCUGUUGGAUGUGGACCACACAUCCUCAAGACUGAAUCUCUUAACUCCUCGACACCUAAAUCAGAAAGGUAAAGCACUUCCCUUGAGCAGUGCUGAAAAGAGGAAAGCUAAAUGGGAGAGUCUGCAGAAUAAACAGAUUUUGGUUCCUGAACUCUGUGCAAUCCACCCGAUCCCAGCUUCUUUAUGGAGGAAAGCAGUCUGCCUCCCCAGUAUCCUCUAUCGUCUGCACUGCCUUCUAACAGCAGAGGAACUGAGGGCCCAGACGGCCAUUGAUGCCGGUGUAGGGGUCAGAACUCUUCCUCCUGACUUCAGGUACCCAAACUUGGAUUUUGGUUGGAAAAAUUCUAUUGACAGCAAGUCUUUCAUCUCAAGUCCUAGCUCUUGCACAGAAGAUGAAAAAUACUGUAAGCACAGCACAACUAUAGUCCCUGAAAAUGCUGCACAUCAAGGUGCUAAUGUAGAAAACUCCACGCCAGAGUGGUGUAACCAAACGCCUGUGAACAAUAAAGCUUCUUUUGAAAAGUCAUCUGACAAGCUUCAUGUGACCAACCUCUCUGAGCGGAGCAGAGAUAAAAAUACUUUUGUUUGUGCUAAGAGCCUCACAAACGGCACUGCUGAUGACCUUCAAGAAGAUAAUGAUUGCCAGCAUUAUCCGCUAACCUCCCACAAGAGUGAAGUAUCUUUAAAAUCAACUACCUCAGUUCCCAAGCCGAAUACACACAGCAUUGAGAACCAGCCCAUGCCCAGCAUUGAAUGUACUCUUGCGAGUAAUAAAAACCUUGAUGGACAUGUAAAAAAAUCUACCUCGGAAGAUUGCCUGGCAGUGGCAGUGACAGCCAGUUCCUCAGCACCUUUAGCAGUUUAUACAGAUAUGUUGGAACUUGCUACCAGCCCUGUUUGCAGUGACUCCCCCAAAACCCUUGGCCCAAACCCUGGUCUUAUACUACAAGCCUUGACCCUCUCCAACGCCAGUGAUGGGUUUAAUCUGGAAAGGCUAGAGAUGCUUGGUGACUCCUUUCUCAAGCAUGCAAUCACCACCUACUUGUUUUGUACAUAUCCUGAUGCCCAUGAAGGCCGUCUGUCGUACAUGAGGAGUAAAAAGGUCAGUAAUUGUAACCUGUAUCGCCUUGGGAAGAAGAAAGGCCUCCCAAGCCGUAUGGUGGUUUCAAUUUUUGAUCCACCUGUGAACUGGCUUCCUCCUGGAUAUCUGGUUAACCAGGACAAAAGUGGUGAUGAUAAAUUGGAUGCAGAUGAAAUGAUGGAAGAUGACCAGCUGGCCAACGGUACAACUGAGGAAGACUAUGAUGAAGAGGAUGAGGACGAAGAUGACGACGACCUAAUGUGGAAGGAACCGAAGGACGAGGUCAAUGUCGAAGACGAUUUGGAAUACUACCAAGAGCACAUCAAAUUCAUUGAUAACAUGCUGAUUGGUUCUGGAGCCUUUGGAAAGAAGAUAUCCCUUCCAACCUUCCCAGCUGCAGAGCCCAGCUAUGAAUGGAAAGCCCCUAAAAAGUCCCUUGCUAAUGUCCAGUAUUCCUCUGAUGCGGAUGAGUUUGAUUACAGCUCUUGGGAUGCCAUGUGUUACCUCGACCCCAGCAAGGCUGCUGAAGAGGAUGACUUUGUAGUUGGGUUUUGGAAUCCAUCUGAGGAAAACUGUGGGGCUGACCAAGGCAAGCAGUCUAUCUCUUAUGACUUGCACACUGAACAGUGUAUAGCUGACAAGAGUAUUGCAGACUGUGUGGAAGCUCUUCUUGGAUGCUAUCUGACCAGUUGUGGAGAGAGAGCAGCUCAGUUGUUUCUUUGCUCUCUUGGCCUAAAAGUGCUUCCUGUUGUAAAGAACAGUGAGGUUGCUAGCACCUGUAAUCAAACUGAGCUCAGCAAGGGAAAGGCUAAAGAUGUGGAGUAUGACUGGUUGAAGAUCCCCCCAAGAUGUAUGUUUGAUCACCCAGAUGCUGAAAAGACCUUGAACCAUCUGAUAUCAGGAUUUGAAAACUUUGAAGAGAAAAUCAACUAUACCUUUCAAAACAAGGCCUACCUUUUGCAAGCUUUCACCCAUGCUUCUUACCACUACAAUACCAUUACAGAUUGUUACCAGCGGCUGGAGUUCCUUGGAGAUGCAAUAUUGGACUACCUCAUAACCAAGCACCUUUAUGAAGAUCCACGGCAGCACUCUCCUGGAGUGCUGACUGACUUGCGAUCUGCCCUCGUCAAUAACACAAUAUUUGCUUCUCUGGCUGUAAAGUAUGACUACCACAAAUACUUUAAAGCGGUCUCUCCUGAGCUGUUCCAUGUGAUUGAUGACUUUGUGCAAUUUCAGCUGGAAAAGAAUGAAAUGCAAGGGAUGGAUUCUGAGCUAAGGCGGUCUGAAGAAGAUGAUGCAAAAGAAGAAGAUAUUGAAGUUCCUAAAGCAAUGGGAGACAUCUUUGAGUCCCUUGCUGGGGCACUUUACAUGGAUAGUGGGAUGUCUUUGGAGACUGUUUGGCAAGUGUACUAUCCAAUGAUGAGGCCACUAAUUGAGAAAUUUUCUGCUAAUGUUCCUCGUUCUCCAGUACGCGAGUUGUUAGAGAUGGAGCCAGAGACUGCCAAAUUCAGCCCUGCUGAAAGGACCUACGAUGGGAAAGUCCGGGUCACAGUGGAAGUCGUAGGGAAGGGAAAGUUCAAAGGUGUCGGCCGAAGCUACAGGAUUGCCAAAUCGGCAGCAGCACGGAGAGCCCUGCGAAGUCUCAAAGCGAAUCAACCUCAGGUCCAAACCAGCUGAGCAUCAGGCUCAAGAUGUCAUUAAAUUAAAAACAAAUUGUGAGCAAAAGCUGUAAAAAACUGAAACAAAAAAAAAAAAACACUCAACUUUUAAAGCAUUUGUAUAAAAAGGAAAUAUGUUCAUGAUAGUUUUUUCUUUGCGCAAACACAAUCUUCUGCUUUUUUUUUUUCUCACGAGAGUGCUUUAAAACAUUAGUAAGUGUUUAGAGAAAAAGGUCAGUUUUUUUUUUAAAUUGUAUUUCUUUUAUUAUAUAAAGCUCUGCUUUUGUGUUGGUGAGCCAAGAAGCUUGUGCUUAACAGUAGGUUGAUUUAGAUUGUACAUCAUUUUAAAAAGUAAAAUUACAAGUUUGAAAAUAAAUACAAACAAAUCUAAAUUCCUCAGUUUCUGAGCUCUUGCCAGUGCUAAAGCAGUGAAGUCGCUGCUGUGGAUUAACUGAUAUGAGAACUAAAGGGUGCCAGUAUUGUCCUCUCAUCUGUUGUCCUGAGGUGACAUUCUUAAUCAUUUAUUGCACUUAUUUGAUAGGGGCUUUUUUAAAAUAUAUAUAAAUAAACCAGCGGUGUGUAGUAGAUGAACGUGAUCAGAUUAUAGUGACUCCGUAUACAAUUUUUGCAUUUGAGUAAAAAGGUUCUGCCUUUAAAGAAAAUUACCCAUACAUUUUUCUGUUACAAAUAAAUUUUUACAUUCCCAUUCACUGUAAUAGUUAAUACAAAUAUAUAUAUAUAUAUAUUUUUUUUUACAACACUCGAAUGCAUGUUUGUGUAGCUAUGAAAUAUUAUAAACCUAUUUGCAGGGUUAUAAUAACAUAUAUAUAUAUAUAUAUAUAUAUAUAUAAAAUGCUAGUAGAUGGAUACUUAAGUUUCAGUAAAUGUUUUUGAUACCAAGAACAGUUACAAUUUCAAUCAAGUGUCUAAACGUGAGCAUUAAAUGUCUCCAUUGACUCAAUUAAGUUUUGAUAAUAUUACAGGUAUAUCACUUAGGAAAUAUGCUGCAGAUUUUGUAAGAAUUGGUUACUUCUGUAUGAAAUGGAGCACCUUUACACUUUUAAGAUACAGGUUUCUUACUGUAGUUCUCACAGAUUGCAUACCUACUUCAUUUACCAAAGUUACCGUUGUUGCAGUGUCACAAGAUUGCAUUUGUGAGAUAAGUGUCAUUUAAAGUGUGUGAUAAGAUAUUUAAACCAGCCUUUGUUUUGGUCUAAGCUAAUUUUGUGAUCAUGUUUAUGACUUAAUGCAAAGCCUAAAUUCUUUCUUUUUUUUUUUUUUUGUACUUGGUAGAAUUAGGCACUCUUCACUUGAAUACCUCAGUUAUUUGCAUGCAUUGUUUUCUGUUUUUGGUGCUAUGUUUUUUUUUUUUUGUAUUAAGCUUGAACGUUUUAAUUUUUUGCACUCUAACUAUAAUACCUCUUUUUAAUUUACCUUUUAAAUAUGUUGGAUCAAUUGUCCAGACUACCAGCAGUGAAUCGGAGGUUAGCUGCAAUUUAAAUGUUCCCUUUUGAUUUAUGCUUGAAGUGUUUUGGGAAAGCUGAGAAAGAUGAUAUUUUCUGCACAUAAAACCUGAGGUAGAUGCUUGUUCAUCUUGGUUUUCUUUCUUUCUUUCUUUCUUUCUUUCUUUUUCUUUCUUUUUCUUUUUGAGUUUGUAAUUCUUCCUUGAAUAUCUCAAAUUUAAAUGGGUCACUUAAUGUUUUGCAGGAGAAAACAGAUUGCUGUCCUUAUAGGCAACCCCUAUCAGAAUCCUUUGGUAAAAACUGUCUUGAUAAGUUCUUGAUAAUUAAAAACUAAAUUCUUUAUCAUUAAAAAGCAGUCCCUUUUUAAGGGACUGCUUUGUGAAGUCACAACACAUCUGUAAUUAACCGCUGCUAGAGUCAAGUUAAUGAUCUCCAGUAAGUACAAUUCUAUGAACUGUAGGUCGAUCAUAGUUGUCAUUACAUCUCCACAGGUAUAGUAUCAAAUCAUAUUUCUUAGCAACUAGUAGGAUAAAUAAAACAAAUGAAUAACAUCUAGAUCAGAUCAGGCUUCACAUUCCAUGGGCAGAAAAUCGGAUGAUGUAACAUGGAAAUGGGUGCUGCUACCUUAAGAACUGGUUCAGGCUAAUAUAAAUAUUUUGACAUAUUCCUGAAUAAAGCUGCACUCUUUUAAAAAUAUAAAUGGCUGUAAGGCCAAAUGGUGAUUUUUUUUUCAUAUGAUGGGCACUUGCCUCUUAUAAGGUAACACUUUGCACUAUGUAGUCAUUCCCACAAAUAAUUGUAUUUUGUUUUUAUAGAGAAACGGUGCCUUUUGUUUUGUAUAAAUAACAGUUUAUAUAACGUGUAACUAUUGUUGCAUCAGGAAAGUAUCAUCUGCAACUGGCAAAUCUGUGACUACCCUAAAUUGUUUGGAUAAAAAGACCCAUGUGCCCUAUACAUUGUCCUUUUAUAACCUAUUCACCAUAUACUGUAGUGAUUUUCCUGUCUCGCAGCAUAAUAUUGUGAGUCUACUGUAGAUACGUUAAGUUGUGGGGAAUAUUGAGUUCUUCAUGUAAACUCAUUGUAUGAACCAUGCAGACCAUUAUUACAUGUAACCUCAGGUUGUCAAAUCUUUAGGUCAAUACUGCCAAAAUAACAAACUAUUUUUUUUUUUUAUCAAAUUUUAGUUAGCCAUAAUUCAGACUGUUUUAGCAUCUUUUAAAUAUUGCAAUCUGUUUGUCAUUCUUGCAGAUAUAUUAACUGAACCUCAUACAUUGUUACAUGAAAUCUGAAAAUGAGUGGCUUUUAUUGUUGCAUUUACAGCUAUUUAAACUCCCUAAUGUGACCUCAUUGCAGUGUGCUUUGGAACACCUGAGGUGAACUCGGACUAGGAUUCACACUGUAUGCAUUUCUACACUUUACCGUUUUUGUAAUUAAGAAUAUUAUAUAACGUUAGGGAUAAACAGUCAUUUAAUUACCUUUUUGUUUUUGUGAGAAUAACUUUGAAAAAUGUGAAAUCACUUGACGGUGCCACAUUCAUGAAUUGUUUUCAGAGAUAAAAGGACUCUCAACACCAUGUAUCUCAAUGAGCCACACAGACUGAAAUCGAUGGCAAAGUUGGCAUAUAUAUCUCAUGCAGAGAUUUUUAUACCAUAAUUUACUGGGUUUAAAAAGUGUACUUUAACGUAAUUUUGUCCUCCUUUUUAUAUGCUGCAGAUUUAUUUUCUAACAGACACUUAAUUGUUUUUGUUUGUUUGCUAUUUUUGUACAUGUAGCACAAAUAAGCAUUGCACUUGGCACCAUGCUUUACCUCAGUUCAAGAAAAAAAAGUAUGCUAAUGUGCUUGGAGGGAAACAAUGUGGUUUUGGCCUUGCUGUUGUAAAAUUGCUGAAAUUAGAAAAGGUAAUAAUUUAAAUAGUGUGCCUCCAGGAUUUUUUUUUUUUUUUUUAAUUCACUGUACAAAAUAGAUCUCUACCAUCUGGGACUUAAUUUAAUUGGUGGAGAAAAUGCAUUAGCUUACAAGCUGAUGCACCCUUAGCAACACCUACAGGGGGUGGGGGAUGAGGGGAGGCUGGAACAGAUGUGAAUUACCCACACUUUUGUAUCUCCUGUAAGUAUGGCUUGAAUAUUGUUGCAUAUUUUACUGUAAGUUAUACUUUCACAGUAACUUCUGCGAGUUUUGAUUUGAAAGAUUUCCAAAUUUUAUUAUCACUCAAUUUUAAAAUUGAUUUGGGUAUUAAAACCUGAGCAAGUUAUCAUUAGAAAACAGUCGGUUCCUUUUUUUGCUUCUGCAUUAUAGUAAUUUUAAAGUUUUUACUUGGUCAUCUGCUGACAUUUUAUGUAAAGCCUAGGUUUACUAAAAUUGAUAUUGGUGAUUUUGUAAAUUGCUUAUUUAAGAUGUUAGGAGGUAUUGGUGGGUCAUUUGGUUUUGGGUGUAAAGCUAUUUCACAAACUGAUUCCACCCUUAAAAAUAACUAAAUAAAUACAACGUUAAUAAAAAUCCACCUCUGAUGCCAGAAAUUACCUAAGAAAUGCACUUGUAUCAGCAGCAAGUUGUCUUGUAGCAAACUAAAGGGUAAUGUGAGAUGUACACUUGUAAGCAAGUUUGAGUAUUGCAAGUGUUUGUUGUACUGUAAAUAUUUAGUUUUUAAAGGAUGGUUGAAUUCAAGCAGAACUGAAUGAAUAAUACAAUUAAUUAAAUGGGGAAUAAUGGGCCAUCACAUGCUGCAGCAGUCUUUAAGGGACAUUAAAUAUUUCUCAUUCAUACUGUAAUCAUGCUGCAGAGGUUUACGGUCUGCACCUUAUGGAUCACAAUUACCUUUAUUAUCUUUUUUUGUUUUGUUUUUGUAAUAAUUGUAGCUGAGUAUAUCUACAAUAAAGUUAUGUUCUGGUUGUUCAUUA